UGCAAGUCUAUUCAAAUAAGUUCACUUGAAGUUGUAGAGCAAACAACUUUUGGGGCUUGGCCGAGUGGCGGAUGGGCGGCGUGGGAGUGGCCUACAGCGGCCGUGUCCGGUUUUAAACCCACACGUGGUCGGCGUCUUGAGCUCACUUACCAGAAACUUCUGUCCCGAGCGACUCAUGCCACAUAUCGGGCCGCGUCUAUCGCUGCGGGAGCGGACAGGAGCACACUGAGAGCUCAGCAAGCGCCAUGCUGUCUUACCACCUCGACGAGAUGAUGUGCAAGCAAUUACUGAGUCCUGACCUAAGGGAGCAGCACAGUCCACUGUCAUCCCUCAGCUUAGCAAUGAAGACACCAGACCACAUCGGACGUAGCUGCAACACAUCCUUGUCUCUCGACACCAGGCCUCCAGACAAUAUCUAUCUGUCCUCAACUAUUUGGGGCCAGUGGCCAGAAAGCCACCAGGCUUCCCUUCCUCCCAAUUCCAGCCAGUGGCGUAAGCAACGCUUCCAGUCUCAGCGGUCAGUCAGCAUGGUGGAGACCUGCAGUGCCGCAGCAGCAAGUCUAGGCUGGCCUGAUUCAGACGUGAAGGACUGCCAAGAAGGCAUCAACCCCACCAUGCUGAACCCCAGCGUGUCCGUGGGCACUUCUGCCGCUUCCUCCACCUCAACACGCUACAAGACAGAGCUGUGUCGUUCCUUCACAGAGAACGGUAUGUGCAAGUAUGGUGGGAAGUGCCAGUUUGCCCAUGGGCCUGAGGAGCUGCGGGAUCUCAGCAGGCAUCCAAAGUACAAAACUGAACCGUGCCGCACCUUCCACACCAUCGGCUUUUGUCCCUACGGGACCCGCUGCCACUUUGUCCACAACAACGAAGAGGAAAAAAAUCACUUGCCAUGCUCCACUUCAUCCUCUCUAAGCUUUGCACCAUUGUCUCUUCCCUCCACACGCUCCCACAAAGUUCCUCUCAUCAGACAGAGCGUCAGCUUUGCAGGAUUUUCCUCCGCUCCCCAGCAAACCCUUCCUCCUCAUCCUCCCUCUGCCUCUUUCUCACGAGCGGCAUCUGCCUCUCCUCCAUGUGCCGAUAUCACCAAUCUCCUCUCUAAUGUCUUCUUGGAUAUGGACUCUACUCCCUUUGAGGCCUCCCCUGCCCCCCAGUACCAACCCCCCGCUGCUGCAGAUCCACGCUCUCCCUUCCUGCCCUCCCCAGACUCUGGCUGUUCCCCUUCUGGUCUGUCUCCGUCUGCGUCUCCAUCCCUGAGGCAGAGCCCUGGCGCCUCUGCGUUCUUUUCACAGUCGCUCGGCACUAGAUCCCUGUCCUAUGCCUCUCUUUCGGAUCAGGACCAGGAUGGGAGCAGCUCUGCGAGCUCGCUUAGUGGAUUGGAGUCCUGCGGCGGCAUCAAUGACGGAAAACGCCUCGCCGUUUUCAGUCAGCUCUCAGUUCCUGAAGACACUGCUGGGAUCUGCCUUUAGGCUCGACCACAAUACACACACAUUUUAACACGGGGGCCCACACAUACCAAAAUUCUCCCCUGACUUCCAUAUAAAUGUUUUAUUAAGUGCCAUUUUCCAGAAAGGUCUUCCUAAGGACUACAAAAACAUUGCUAAAAGAUAAAUGAAGCUGAAGUGCUAGGAGUCUCACUGAGAUUAAUGUGCAUGUGUCGAAGCCAAAGACCUUACAUUUCGUUGUUAAAUGUUGAGUAUGGCGGAAUCGGGACCACCAUGUGGCCUAAUGUUUAAGAAGCACUGUACUGUAUUGUUUUAUAAGCUGCUCUUUCCGCCUAAUUGUGCAGUCCGAGGUCAUGGUGCGGUCACUGGCCUCAGAUCAGAGGCCUUAAAGCUUGUUGUGUUUUUAAACAACUUGAAAGUACCUGUAGUGUUGCAGGUCACAUUGAACGCUUUGCUAGUUUGUCCUAGAAAGGUGUUAUGAUGGAGUCUUUUUUUGGGGUGGGGGUCCUUAAGUCAAAAGUGUUGCUCCUCUGUGUAGUUUAUUAAUGAUAAAAAAAAGUACAAAUGUCAAUUACAUUAAAAAUUAAUUCCUAAAUCAGAUGAUACUUCAAUGUUGGAUUACGGAUUCUGUUUGCUGACAGUGGUAAACAACAGGAAUAGAGCAUUGAGUUAACCAGGCGGAAAGGCACAACUUUCUUUUAACUAGAUGCCUUCAAGUUAGAUAGUUUCCGAUAGGCCAAUAAAGCGGGAGAUGCAAUACUUUUGGCUUGAAAUAUUGAUCAGGAACAUUCCCAGAAUUUUUUUUUUUAUUAUUAUUAUUAUUCGGUCUGGCGCACUGUUGUUUGAUGAGCACAUCCAUCAUCUUGUUUUCUCUCAUCCAGUGUUAAUUCUUGCUGUUCUGGCUUCAUAUGUUGUAAAGAGUGUGUAGCGUUUGCUCGACUUGAGUUACAUCUGGCGCGCUGUGGCCGUAUUAAACUUAAGCUAAACCUUUUAGAAAUGUUACCAGCUUCUUUGUGUGUUAAAUGUAGUUAGAUGACCACAUCUUGUUGCGCUAUUUAAAAGGGCCUUUUCAUCAACAUGUUUUGAGGCCUGUUUAGGGUUGUAGGUGAUAUUCUUUAGUAAAUUAAGUAGUUUAAUUUAUUUUAACCUAUUUAUA